AAAAGCCCCAGCACUCUCCUCGUGGACGGGACCGGGCUUAAACCAAUAAAAUCGUUGCGCAGACGCGGCUAUUCAGUUGAAAUUUGGUCUUGGACGCGCUCGGACUUUUGGCUUAAAUAAAGUGAACUUAAACGGGAAUUUUAAAUUGCAAAUUUCUUAAAUAUUAUAACUAGAGUAUAUAUACAAAUAUAUAUAUAUUUUUUAAAUUUAUUUUCUAAUAUAACGAGUAAAGUAAACAAAAUGUUAAAACUGCAAGUUUUAUUUUUGGUUUGGGCUUUUGUUUACUGUGCCGCGCCCACUUUUGGCACGCCCAUUGCCCCGGCCACGCCUGAUGGUGCCACGCCCAUCGACGCCCGUGUCUCAGCGGCGGAAUUUGGCGCCCAGGAUGCCUUCGAUGCCGCCGAAAGUUCCGUGGAGUCCGCCCAAGCAGAGGCCAGCGACUCGGCCGGAUUCAAGAUAUCUCUCCUACCAACUCCUGCCAAAACCGCAGAAUCUGUGAAUCUCGAACAUGAAGCUAUACCAUCCAAGGUCCUAAGCAUUUAUGAUAAAGGCCAAAAGAAGUUGGCUGAUAUAGCUCAGCCCGUUCCCAUUUUGGACACGAUAAGCGAGCAUGAAAAGUACGGCAACAAUGGCGACAUGUUCGACGGCAUCUCGCGCUCCAUUGUCAACGGUUACGAGGCCUUCUCCAACCUGCUCAACACCUUCAUACAGAAACCCAAAGAGCUGGCCCGCAGUGUUACCAAAGGCAUUACGGCCCAAUUGGAUAUUAUUGGCGGCAAACUGGUUGGCUUGUAAUUUGACAAUAGUUUAUUCCUUUUUUUUUAUCAUAACUAUUAUUGUUUGUAAUUUAAAUAAAUACUUUAAUUUAUUUGUAACUUAGCACGAACAUGUUGUGU